UUAGGUUUUCGAGCGUAGGUAGUUGUUUUGUACUCGUAUUCUCUUAGUUUUAUUAAAAAUUCCUAAAACUAAGUGAAAUAUUGGUUAACAUAGAAAUAAAUACAUUUAUAAACCCUUUCCGUGAUGUGCGAUAAUUUUUUACAGUGAAAAUGUGGCAUUAGUGAUUUUACGUAUGAUGUAGUCCUGAUGGUCUUGUGGUUUUAUUUUGUGGUUGGAUCAUCUAUUUUUGACUUCAAAGCCAACUUUAAUAUGAAAUGAUAGGAACAUAAUAUAAAAUGAGUUGGCUGAAGAAUACUUCACAGCUGCUUGCUCGGCAGCUGACCAACACUCUAGAUCCCAAACACAGCUACGAGCCGCAGGCUUGUUACAGCUCCUUCUGCAAACACUGGCAACAGGCCAAUGAUAUCAUACAGAAAUCACAGCCGCAACAUCUACAUGAUGAUGUGCUGGGAGUGGUCAACCAUCUGGAACAACUCACCACACUCUUGGAGCUGGAGGCCCGGGCGAGGGAGAUCAACCGCAUGACCAGCCCCGCGUCCUGCCUCGAGUACCUGCUCAGUGAGAACCUGCUGGACAAACUGUAUGAGUGGUCAAUUUGUACAGGGAAGUAUGAAAAUGCAGUUAAGUUGGAACAACUCAAGAUAUUUAGCAAGCUCAUCAGCCAUUACAGUUCUCAGGUGAUAGCAGCCGAGCCUUUCCUCCGACCCCUACUCAAACUGCUCAGUGGCUUCAGAAAUCUAAACCCGCCCAACCUCGAAAAUCAGCUGGUGACACUGUUGAAUCAGCUAUGUGUGGUGCUGAUGCAGAAUAUGAAGUUCAUUGACCUGUUCUUCCUCAUGGUACAAACCGCCAACGGCUCGCAGGCCGAGUUCAUAAUAGGUCGUCUGCUGCUGGCGUGCGUGCACCGCUCGGGCGCGGCGGGCGCGGCGGCGCGCGACGCGCUGCUGCUGUGCGCCAAGAUGUCCGCCCGCUGCGCGCCGCUCGCCCGCUGCCUCAUCACCGGCGACGCCUGCCACAUCUUGGCGCCAGGUCUAAGCGGUCUAUACUCUGUGCUGCCGCGUACGCUGCCUGACGACGUGCACCGCCUGGCCCCGGACGACGUCAACCGCGUCCACAAGCUCACACUGUUCGUCGACUCGCUAGAGUUCUGUAACGCUGUGGCUGAGGUUGCCCACCCUUCCAUCAAGAAGCACCUGAUAGAUCUGCUGUGCCAGGGAUUCCUGGUGCCCGUACUGGGCCCGGCGCUGUUGCAGACGAAAGCGGCACCGUUACAGAGCGGCGUCGCGGAGCAAGCGGCCGCUACGGCUUACCUCGAGCUGUUCAUACGCUGCUGCGGUCAAAGAGGUCUGCUGCGAACGUUCCUGCACUUUAUAUUCACGUACCAGUACGAUGGGGUUAAGAUCUUCGACGUGCUGCUGGGAAGGUUGGAGGGGAACUCGCAGCUGUCCCUAGUAACUCUCUCGCUUAUGGAGACCCUAAUCGAUCUGAACUGUGAAGACGUGAUGAUAGAAUUAAUCUACAAGUACCUCCUAAACGGGAACUACCUGAUGUCUACAUAUAGAAAUAAAAUAGGCGAUCCAGACUUGUAUAGAGACGCAGCAGUAGCUUUCCUGAGCCUAAGGCCGAGGGUUUGCAAGAGACCACUAGAGAAAACCCAGCAAUGGGUGGAAGAGUUGGCGCUGAGUGGAAGAAGAGUUUUAGAUUUAAAGAGAGAGAGUGACAGGAGAGUUAAUGGAGUACACGAAGAUAUCGCACUGAACAGUCUAGUCCAGGAAGUGAAGAUUGAUUAUGGGAACCCAAACGAAAGCCUGUACGGCAACUACCACGCUUACCUCUGCGACGCGCGAUUCCAGAUAGUCUCUAGAACGAUCGCCUGCAUGAAUUGGACGUCCAAAUACGACGCCAUCCUACCCAAGCGAGAAACGAACAACAACAAGGAAACGAAAGAGAUAGACAUACACGCGCACACGAGUGCGAAAGAGCCGGAUAGUCUCAUAUCGAUAUGCACCAGUGGCUACGAUACUAUCAAAACCAGUGAAGCGUCAGAGAAGGAGGCGCAUAGUCUCAACUCUUUGAAUGAAGCGGAAAAGAACGGGAUGGAAGAUAAAGAGCACGAUAGUUUAACGUCCAUUAGCGAUGAGUUCGACAGCUUUAGGUUCAGAGAUGAUGAUGAUGAGGGCUUCUGUGAGGAUUCCUUCAUGAAGAGUAUAGCGAAGACACCGGAAGAUAAGAGCUACGAGGAAGUGCAUUACUUGAGCUGCAGGGUCAGUGCGGAUACAAUCAUAGGUCCCCUGCUAUGCAGCCUCCUCAAGAAGACAGCGAACUGCCUCCAGUCGGAGCUGAUCGUGAACUGUCGUGUCACGAGCAUCAUCAGCAAACUCGUGGCGUUCCCCACACCGAUUAUCGCCGCGCUGCUAUGUCCCGGCUUCGUGCUGCAGCCGAAUGUGCCUUCUUUGUUUCAGAUACUUAAAAAGCUGAAGGAGGAGCUAGACGAACUAACGAACGGUCUGACGAACGCCGGCGAACUAAUCGACAAGGCGCGCGUGUUCCUCGUACAGAGAGAGAUGGCGCUAGUGUCGCGCUCGCACAAUGACGGCGCAGCUCAAAAGCCCAGUUCGCCGGCUCGCCCCAGCGAGGAAUCACCGUUCCGCCGCACGGAGUCCAAGCGGCGGAGUUUCUCCUCCAGUUUCUCUAAUAUGUUUGGCAAGAAGUCACCAUCUCCAUCACCUCACAGUCCACAGAACGCGCAAAACUCCACGUACCUGUCGCCAGCACAAAAGAGGCCCAUAUUCACACAAGAGGCCUAUUGGAACCAGUCUAUUACACUACGGUCCAUUCUGAACGCGGUCAUACUAGAAGAGUGGCUGAAAGAGCUCUCGGCACUAUGCGAGGAGCACGCACUCAGAUUGUCAGCGGAAAACUACGAGGACGACAAUUUCGUACACACGGUGGCAUUAUGACUGACAGCCGCGGCCUCGGAGGGCAACACAAAAAGCAAAAACUCACUAGACACGUCCGUUUGAAUCGUAGACUGAGAAACUACAUAUCUUUUGUCUCGCUCACACAUUUUUCUAAACUUUUUAAAGAUUCCUUAGCAUUUGACAGAUGACAUGACAGAUGCACUAUCGUCCCAGUAAAAUCCGUCAAUUAGUUUUUUAGUCUAUGAUAUUCCUGUAAAUAUUGAUCUAUAUCUUUCUCUUUUCGAUUUUAUAACACCAGUAUUGAAUGCUAAGGCUGGCCGCAAACACACAUUUCUCGUAUCCGAAUUCGUUUUCCGUAUUCGGAAUUCCGUGAGACCAACGUUCGUUAUUUUUAUACGCGCGAACGCGCCGCUUUGCACUUGAUUCGUACGUGUGAAAUUCGGUCCGUAUGGAGAAAAGCGAACGUGUGCGUCAGAUAAUGUAUUUUCUACUGAUUCCACUCAUUCGGAUUUUCGAAUACGGAAAACUAAAUGUAUGUAUCCUGCCGGCCUUAAACUAUGAGAGAUGUAGUUACUAGCGUAGACACUUAGUACCUUAGUGAGUACCUAAUUUUAUACGACUAAAUGUAGUUUGCAAUAAAAACUGUAGAUGCCAUGAACGUAAUUUUGAACUGUGAUUAUAAUAUGUUCAAAAAUUGGAACAUAAUUUAUUGAAUUAAAUUUUUAUAAUUAAUAUUUUUAUAAACGAUACGCCGACGUUUAACAAUACUAAUUACGUAAGUAAAACAAUUAUAUAUAUAUAAUAAGCUAAUUUAUCAAUUAAUUUUUAUAAAAAUAUUUUAAUGUCAUUUUGAAUAUUUUAAUUUUUGACUAAAUUGGAAAUUUAAUUUGUUUUAUAAUUAUAUGCAUUUUGUUAUAUUCGUACAACGAUUAUUUUAUUAUUAAUAUCAAUUACUUAUCACAAGGCUUUUUUUAAUACUGAAUAUUAUUGUUUUUAUGGAUUGUUUAAGUUUUCAAACUCAGUGUAAUUAUAAAAAUUAUAUAGAAGCCAUGAUCUUCAGAGACAUGAUCCCAUUAGGACAAUAUCAAUACAGCACAUAUUAACCCAGUAUUUUAAGAAACUGAAAACGCCAUUUUAAGAAAUAAAAGUUUUAAGAUGGCGCAAUGAACGUUCUAUGAUGGCGCCGGAUUUGCGCGUGUGAGAGUUUUGGACAAUAUUUGUAUUGUUUGUCGAAUUUGCCGAAUCAUGUACAAAACGAUUAUAUAAGUCAACAAUUUUAAUGUAAGUGUGUACCUACAUUGUAGUUGUUAUAACAAAAAACUAAUCGAAAAAUGCUUUUCCGUCCAAGCGAUGUGAAGAGAUAUAUUAUAUUUUUAUAUCGUCAACGAAAAUGUGUUUAUUUAUUUUCAUCAUGAUAUUCUUUAAAUUGAUACAUCAACAAAUGAAAUAUAAAUGUAUUUAUUUCAUAAUUUUCCGUAACGAACAAAAUGUGGCAGGAGUUUCGAGUUAGCUGGCGCUAAACAAGAACCGAGUUCGAAUGCUUCAAAAAUGUUAACUUACAAGAUACGUACUAACUUCAGACCGUUCUUGUUUAGUAGCAAGAAUAGAUAAACGACUGUUUUGUGCAAUAGAAGCUCUUGCCCGCAGAGUGGUUUGUCUAAACUUGUUAUGAUUGUUUGCACAAUUUAGAUGUAGAAUGUUUUACAAAUUUUUCAUAUACUUAAUUAUAUUGAAAAUACUA